GAUUUUUUUUUCGUAAAUCUCAUCAUAUAUAUCUAUAUAUACAUAUUUAUAUUUUUUUCCAAUAUACAUUUCGUCAAAAAAAAAUUAUUUGACUCAGCGGUCACAAAAAAAAUUAAAAAAAACAACUACAGUUACUUAUGUUCUACAUACAUACAUAUCUAUAUAGUGGGCGUGAUGUCCUCUAACAGACUAAACACAUUUAAGGAAAUGUACAGUAAUACGCGCAUCAUAAUUCUACUUACGCUUAUCAUUUUGGUGAUCUUUACGCGAAACAAUGCACGAAAUGCAAUCUUCCGCACGUCGAAGUUGCCAUCGUCGCAAGACAGUGUUGUACUCUUCUGGACUGACUUCUUUGAGGACAAGCGCUGGACCUUACCCGCGGACACCCUGCAUGCGAAGUGCCCACAAACAAAUUGCAUUUUCACCAAUCAGCACGACUUUUUGCCUUCCAUCGUCGAUUAUGCAGCAAUCGUUUUUCAUACGGCGUGUAAUUUUUCAAACGGCACACCACAACAACGUUCGCCCAAUCAAUCAUAUGUGUUCGCACAAUUAGAAUCGCCUGAACACACCUGGCAUAAUUUACAGGCCGAAAAGAAUUUCUAUAAUCUCACAUUGAGUUAUCGCCUCGAUUCCGACAUUGUGUGGAGUUAUAAUGUGGUCAAAACGAUUUCAACGCGUCAAAUUAUUGCGCCCGCGCAAGAUCCAAUAUGGACAGCGGUGGAAGUGGGUUGGACGCAAAACGAUACGGAUUUGUUAUUGUCAAUUGAAGGAAAGCGUAAAAUGGCCGCUUGGUUUGUGUCCAAUUGUAAGGCGCCGUCGAGACGGGACGGCUUAGUGAAGGCGCUGCAGGCGCACAUGCAAGUCGAUGUGUAUGGCAAAUGUGGGACCUUGAGAUGCGAACGCUUCAACAGCAGUUGCGAUGCGUUGCUCGACAAAGAUUACAAAUUCUAUUUGAGUUUUGAGAAUUCACUUUGCAAGGAUUAUGUAACGGAAAAGCUUUUCAACGCCCUGCAGCGACACAUUGUGCCCGUGGUGUUUGGUGGUGCAAAUUAUACGCGUUUCGCGCCACCACACUCCUACAUUGACGCACAGGACUUUAAAAACGCCUCAACUCUGGCUGCAUACCUUAAUUAUUUGAGUGAACAUCCUUAUGAGUAUGCCAAGUACUUUUGGUGGCGUCGCUAUUACUUGGUCGAGGCUUACGAAAGCGGCGUUCAAAUGCUACCAUAUUGUGAGUUGUGUCGGCGUAUUCACUCACAACCCACCGUUAGACGUACACAAAUCUAUGAAGAUAUAAAUGGAUUUUGGACCGAUGAAGUAUGCACGAAAAAGGCUCGAAUAGAUUUCUAAAUAGAUUUCUAAGCUCAAAUAAGUUUAUUAUUUAUUGUUUGUAAUUUGUUUAAUUGAAUUAGUAGUUUUUUUAUAUAAAUUCUUUGUGCACUGAAAAGACAACAUGCAGGCAUGCGCAUAAAUAAAAGUGAUCACCCUAAGUCUGAAGAAAUUUAAUGUCUAUUGAAAAAAAAAAAUUUUUUGACAAAAUUCGAAUAUAGAGUCGUUGUACCGGCAACAAAUAUUCCCCAAAUAGGAUAACAAUCCGGGACCGUUGCGUGUAGUUCCACUAAGGCGAUACACUGUUCUGAAUCCGAAAAAUAGAAUGAUGAAAAAUUAAUUCAAAGCAUUUUGGUCUUUCUAUCGUGCCAAAAACCCUACAUAGCAGUCCAUUUUGUUGAUUGAAGCUGCGGAGGAAAUUCUUAAGUUCCUGUACUUCAUACUCACAACAACUUCAUCAUCUGUUGUAAUUAUGGAACAGAUUUGGGGUCCCUGAACAUUUGAUGUAAAAAAUAAAAAUGUAAAAUCCAUUAAA